AUAUAAGUAGAAGGGUUCCAAAACUCAGACAGCAGAACCAAAUGGUUAUGUUUCCACAAUUUUUCUUUGACAGUCUUCAAUUUUUUUCUGCUUGAUCUUGAUUUUGUUAUUUCACUCAAAAAAUGAUGGUUUUGGGUAGAGGGACCUCUCUGCUUGUCUUUUUAAUUGUGAUUUUACUACAGAUUAGAAGUGCUGUUGGACUCAAUUUCACAGCUGGAGGUCAUGAAGUUAGGUGCAUAGAGAGGGAAAGACAAGUACUUCUUUCAUUUAGGCGAGGUUUGGUUGAUGACUAUGGUGUGCUUUCCUCCUGGGGAAGUGAACAAGAGAAAAGGGGUUGUUGCAAAUGGAGAGGAGUUCAGUGUAGCAAAGCAACUGGGCGUGUAAUUGAGCUUAUUCUUCAGGAUUGUUCCUUAAGAGGUAAGCUAUGUCCUUUCCUGUUUGAGUUGCAGAGUUUUAGAUAAUGGUGGAAUUGGGGGAGUCCUAUCUGAUCGGAUAACAAACUUCUCAUUGUUGAGAGAGUUGUCCCUUGGAAGUAAUAAUGUGAGUGGUACUGUGACCAAAAAUAUCAGACUCCUUUCAAAUCUUGCGUCGUUUGAACUUUCUUU